GCUUCCUUCCAAAUAACUAACACAACUUGAUUUUUUUGUUCCAUUUGUUUGUUCUAAAGGGACAAAGCACCAAAGAGAAAAAGAGAGAGUCAAUGGAUGUUGCCGUACUCUUGCGCGAGUUGAUCAAUUAAUACUGAGAAUUUAAGCGUUUCUUGCACUCAGUUCUCUCUCUCGAUGGAACUACUUGACUCCUAAAUUGGGCGAUUUCUGAUUUCUGAUCCGAAAGAGAAAUUAAGAACAAUCAGGAAUCAUCAUCAGGCAAACAUCCUUCUUUCUUCUGUUGAUUUCCUCUUCAAAGAAUUGUUACACAGGUGGAGGGAGAAGUUGGUGGCAAGCAGCCUGAAACCAUUAACAAGUGCAAAUGGAUCAGAAUGCUUCUAUGGAAGAAGGAAAGGUUUCAAAAUAUGGGCUUGAAUUCAUGAAAUCAGUUUCAGAUAAGAAUCUUGAUCUUUUGAGGCCCUCAGCUCGCUGUUUCUCAAUGUUUAAAGCAGGCUUUACAACAAACAGUGACAAUGACAAAUAUACCCUCAUUAGAGAUGAUGCAGAUGACUUCCAACAAGGGAUUUAUGACAAACCUCUUCCUUGCUUUGGCUGUGGAGUUGGAUGGUUUUCUUUCCUACUAGGGUUUGCAUUUCCAUUGAUGUGGUACUAUGCUACAUUUCUCUAUUUUGGAAACUACUAUAAGAGAGAUCCUAGGGAACGCGCUGGUCUUGCUGCUUCUGCAAUUGCGGCAAUGGGGUUUUCUGUUAUUGUGUUGAUCAUAGGAGCAAUCCUAUUGUUCUAAAUGCACAUUUUGAUCCUUUUUGGAGACAACUUGUUGAACAUAACUAUAAAAUUGUAGCUUAAUUUUACAAUUCCGAUACCCAAACAUGUACACAGUCUUAUGAGGUUAGAAAAGCUUAUCG